CUGUUGACCACAUUGUAAAGAACUGACAGUAGGGUUAUAACAACACCUCCCAUGUAACAUCGGCGUAAUGAAGAAAGAGCAGAACGACAAAGAAGGGCCACUCCAGACAUGCACAGCAUUUGGAAAAAACGCGUCGAACUUUGUGAUACAUUUUCUCAGGUGUGGAUUAUAAAGGCGCGAAAUUACUUUUAAUGUUAAAAACGGAUUCGUUUUAUGGGAUGUUAAUACAGUGAACGCCUAUGGAAAAAUCGCAUACAACAAUGGCAAGGCAAGCACUGCUGUUUAUCUGUAUCCUCUCCGUCGGCUCGGUCCUAGGCCAAGUCAGCUACACAAUACCAGAAGAAAUGACCAAAGGAUCGUUAGUCGGUAAUAUAGCACAGGAUUUGGGAUUAAAGAUCAAACGUUUGACUUCAGGUAAGGCUCAAAUUUAUACCCGAGACAACGACCAGUACAUUGAGCUGAACAGAGAAAGAGGAGUCCUCCUCGUUAAAGAGAGGAUCGACAGAGAAUCGCUAUGCAGACAGACGACGCCGUGUGCUUUACAUUUUCAGAUCAUUUUGGAGAAUCCAAUGGAAUUUUACAGUGUUACAGUUCAAAUCACAGAUAUUAAUGAUAAUGCACCUACUUUUAAAAAAAGUGAAAAAAAAUUCAAGAUUAGCGAGUCAACGCACAUCGGGGCAAGGUUAGUCCUGGAAAGGGCUGUGGAUCUUGAUGUUGGAAUAAAUAGUGUUCAGGGAUAUGAAUUGAAACCGACCGAUAAUUUUGCUCUGAAAAUGCACAGUAACGCAGAUGGAGAUAAAAACUUUGAGAUGGUUUUACAGAAGCCUUUAGACAGAGAGAAACAAGAGCUGAUAUCUCUCGUGUUAACCGUUGUUGAUGGAGGAGAGCCACAGAUGUCAGGAACAAUGCAGAUUCUCGUUACAGUUUUAGACGCUAAUGAUAAUGCUCCAGUUUUUACACAGCAAACAUACAAAGCUACAGUCACUGAGAAUUCACCUGCAGGAACUGUUGUUACUACUGUGACAGCCUCAGAUGCAGAUCAAGGCUCUAACAGUAAAAUAACAUAUUCAAUCACGAAUGCAGCAGAUGAUGAAAGUAAAGUAUUUGAGAUUAAUUCGGAAAAUGGGGAAGUUGUACUAACUGGAAAAAUUGAUUUUGAAGAAUCAAGAAACUAUCAAAUAUAUUUGCUUGCUAGUGAUGAGGGAGGACUCACGGAUUCGUGCAAAUUAAUUGUCGAUGUGCAAGAUGUAAACGACAACAAACCAGAAAUUAACAUAAUGUCAAAGUCGACUGUGAUAUCAGAGGAUGCUAAACUCAAUACAAUCGUUACAAUGAUAAAUACUGAAGACAAAGACUCGGGGGAGAACGGAAAAGUGCAGUGUCUUGUGAACGAUAACGUACCUUUCAGUUUAAGAGCAUCAUCAAAUAAUUUUUAUAACUUACUGACAGACAGCGAUUUAGACAGAGAGAGGGCCUCUCAGUAUAAUAUCACUAUUACGUGCUCUGAUGAGGGACUGCCCUCCCUCACCAGCAGCGUCACAAUAACCUUACAAAUCUCAGAUGUGAAUGACAACGCGCCUGUCUUUGAGAGGACCUCAUAUGAGGCCUACAUUGUAGAAAACAACACACCAGGUCUCUCUAUAUUCACAGUGAAAGCCACAGACGCCGACUGGAACCAGAAUGCCCGCGUUUCUUACAUACUGGAGGACUCCUCCAUUAACGGAGUGCCAGUGUCCUCAUAUGUGUCCGUUAGUGCUGAUAGUGGAGUCAUCCAUGCAGUGCGCUCGUUUGACUAUGAGCAGAUCAAAGAUUUCCAGUUCCGCGUCAAAGCGCAGGACGGAGGCUCUCCUCCACUCAGCAGCAACGUGACUGUAAAAAUAAUUAUUCAAGACCAGAACGACAACCCACCUCAGGUUCUGUACCCAGUCCAGACUGGUGGCUCUCUGGUGGCUGAAAUGGUGCCUCGCUCAGCAGAUGUGGGCUAUCUGGUGACGAAAGUGGUGGCUGUUGAUGUGGACUCUGGACAGAACGCCUGGCUCUCCUAUAAACUGCAGAAAGCCACAGACAGGGUGCUGUUUGAAGUGGGCUUACAGAAUGGAGAAAUAAGAACUAUCCGCCAAAUCACCGAUAAAGAUGCUGUCAAACAAAGACUGACUGUUAUAGUGGAGGACAACGGGGAGCCCCCUCGUUCGGCUACAGUCAUUGUUAAUGUGGCGGUGGCGGACAGCUUCCCUGAAGUGCUGUCGGAGUUCACUGACUUCACGCAUGACAAGGAGUACAAUGACAACCUGACGUUUUACUUAGUCUUGGCUCUGGCUGUAGUUUCCUUCCUCUUCAUCACGUGUUUAGUGGUUAUUAUAUCAGUGAAAGUCUACAGGUGGAGACAGUCUCGCAUCCUGUAUCACUCCAGCCUCCCUGUGAUUCCAUAUUAUCCACCACGUUACUCAGACACUCUGGGGACUGGGACUCUCCCCCAUGUGUACAAUUACGAGGUGUGCAGGACGACUGACUCCAGAAAGAGUGACUGUAAGUUCGGCAGAGCUGGUAGUCAGAACGUGCUGAUAUUGGACCCCAGUUCUACAGGGACGAUGCAGCGGAUACAGAGUGAAAAGAGCAUCCUGGAUGAACCAGACUCUCCUCUAGAGGUCAGUCCUUGA